AUGGCCACCACCAUGACGGACAUGUCCCUCCCCGCCGUCCUCACCCCGGCCCUCCCCACCCGUGACGCCAUCAAAGACGCCCUCUACCGCUUCCUCACCGGCAUGGACACCAACGACGCAGCCCUCUUCGACUCCGCCUUCACAGCCGAUGCCAAGUGGGCGCUCAACCGGCGCGAUCUCGACGGUCUGGAGGCGAUCCACGCCGACUGCUACGACACCGUCAUCAGCCAGCUCGACACCACGCACUACGCCACCAACAUCCGCAUCGACGUCGGCGAUGACGAGAAGACGGCUACUUUGUCUGCGCUGUACCAGGCGCAGCACUACCGUGGUGGUAGGGGCAAGGUGGGCGGUGCUACGUCGUUUGUGACGGGCGGGCAGUACUGGAUGACGUUGGUGAAGGAGGAGGAGUCAGGUCUGUGGAAGAUUAAGGUUUUUAAGAUGCGGUCGAUUUGGUCGGAGGGAGAUGUGACUAUUAUGGGCCAUGAUUAG